AUGGCUAUGAACAAUAAUUGCAGAAAUCAAAUUCAAACUGCAUUAACUUUAUUAGAGAAAUGUCUUGAUAUCGCUUCGACUAUUGGCAAUAAAGAUCUUGAGGGUGAAGCAUGCUAUAAAUUGGGUCAAGUAUACUAUUCAUUACACAAAGAGAACCAAGUACAUCAAGCAUGUCAUGCAACUGAUGAUAACAUAGCUAAAUCGGAAGAAUACUUGAGAAGGGCACUUGAUUGUUUCGACUUUAUUUUUCAUCAUCUACAUCAACGGGAUCAAUUCAAAGUCUCCAAAUUUGAUAAAUUCAUUGCAACCUACAAAUUUCUCGCGAUUCUGUUGAUCGAGACAAAGAGACCACAAGAGGCUCUGUUAGUAUCUGAUGAUGGAAGAGCACGUGCUUUAGGAGAUCGCUUGAUCUUUAAAUACGGUAUGAUUCAACAAGAAUAUUUAUCGCCUAGACCAUUAACCUAUCCUGAUGUAGAAGGUAUCUUAACAAAUGAUGGAUUCUCUUUGCUGCAUUACAGCUUGUUAAACAGCAGUUUGGCUGUGUGGGUUUUAGCCAAAGACUCACUGAUGCUCAGAGAAACUGAAAAGGAACAAUUUGAUUCUGCCAUAGAAACAUUGACUCAAGAAAAGAAAGAUGAUGAUGAAAACUCCAUUAAACGUUUCUUUACUGACACUAUUACAAGAGCAUAUGAAAUGAUGAAAAUCCAAGAAAGCGUCACUUGUGAAAACAGAUCACUUGAUGAUUGCGUUACAUCGAAAGAGCACGUCACUAAUAAAGCUUCUGAAUCUCUGUCACGUGAUGAUGGUACCAGUGAAGAGAAACUCGAUAAAGCGUCACACCCACUUGAAAUGUUGUACAAUUGUUUAGUUGCACCUGUCAUAUCAAAUGUACGACACGACGAGAUUGUCAUAGUACCCGAUGGACCAAUGUAUCGAGUACCGUUUGCUGCCCUCAGGGAUCCCAAUACAGGACAAUAUUUGUCAGACACCAAACGCAUUCGCCUUGCGCCAUCAAUAGCUAUAUUAAAGGUUCUAAAAGAAUGUUCAGUGGAUCAUCACAGCCAAAAAGGAGCAUUGAUUGUAGGAGAUCCAAGUGUUGGAGAAGUCAUGUUCAGAGGAAAGAAACGAAUGUUUGAACGUCUACCCUCAGCAAAUAGGGAAGUCAGUUUUCUUUCUUACAAACUGGGGCAAUCAGCGCUGACUGGUGAGCAAGCUACCAAAGCUGCUGUGUUGGAGAAGUUGCGCGAGGGAUCAGCUGUAAUUCACAUUGCUGCACACGGGAGCUCUGAUAAUGGUGAAAUAAUGCUAUCACCAAAUGUCUCACCAGAAAGACAAGGAAUCCCAGAAGAAGAUGACUACCUGUUGACAAUGAGGGAAGUCCAACAAAUCGGAAUCAAAGCUCAACUUGUUGUGCUAAGCUGUUGCUACAGUGGUCGUGGUAAGAUCAGGGCUGAGGGUAUGGUUGGAUUAAGCCGUGCUUUUCUUGUGGCCGGAGCUCGCGCUGUCGUAGCGUCAUUGUGGGCAAUCGAUGACAAUGUGACUUUCAGCUUCAUGGUGAGUUUUUACGACUAUCUGACUCGAGGUGAAAGUGCGAGUGUAAGUCUUCAUAAAGCCAUGCAUGAUAUUAGAAAAGAAGGCCACAGGGAUCCCAAGUACUGGGCUCCWUUCUUCUUGAUCGGUGAUGAUGUCAUCCUGAAUUUGAAGUAA